GCCAACCGGCUGCUGGCUCACCAGCGCGUGCACGUGGACGGCACGCACGAGUGCCCCAACUGCAGCAAAGUCUUCAAGAAGGCGGCCUCGCUGGAGCAGCACAUGCGCAUUCACAAAGGCGAGGCCCUGUACCUGUGCGUCGACUGUGGCCUGGGCUUCGGCACCGAGAUGACGCUGGUGGUGCACCGCAAAAGCCACACGGCCAACCCCCUGCACCGCUGCGCCUGCGGCAAGACCUUCAGCAACAUGACCAAGUUCCUCUACCACCGCCGCACCCACGCAGGCAAGAGCGGGGCCCCGCCGGCCCGCGCUCGCGCCCCCGAUCCGGAGCCGGCCCAGCCGCCUGAUCCGGAGCCGGCCCAGCCGCCCGCCGCUGGGGCAGUGAACGGCUCGCCGGCGCCUCAUGCCGGCGGCGGCUUCCUGUGCCCGCAGUGCGGCAAGGAGUUCUCCAGCCACAUCCGCAUGGUGCGGCACAAGCGGGUGGUGCACGUGCUGGAACGCAAGCACAAGUGCCCCACCUGCGGCAAGACCUUCAAGAAGCUGGUGCACGUCCGAAACCACCUGCGCACGCACACCGGGGAGCGCCCCUUCCAGUGCACUGAGUGCGGCAAGACCUUCGCCUCCCAGGCCAACCUGAUGCGGCACCAUCUGACCCACACCGGCGAGCGCCCCUACCAGUGCGACGUCUGCCAGAAGCGCUUCACCCAGUCCUCCAACCUGCAGCAGCACCGGCUGCUUCACUCGGGCGCCGGCCCCUUCCCCUGCCAGGACUGCGACGCCACCUUCUCGCGUGCCCACAAGCUGGCCCUGCACCGCGUCAGCCACACGGGCCAGCUGCCCUUCCAGUGCCCCGAGUGCGACAAAUCCUUCGCCCGCAAGCGGCUGCUGGAGCUGCACCGGCUGGCCCAUGCCGGGCGCGAGCCCCACCGCUGCCCGGACUGCGGCGCCCUCUUUGUCCGCCUGGCCAAGCUGGAGGAGCACCGCUGUGCCCACAAGAAGCUCUACCCGUGCCCGUCCUGCGGCAAGUGCCUGGGUUCCCUGGCCAAGCUGGCGCUGCACCAGCUGGUGCACUCCGGUCAGCGCCCCUUCACCUGCAGCCUCUGCGGCAAGGGCUUCACCAACCCAAGCGGGCUGAGCCGGCACCAGCAGCGCCACACGGGUGUGCGCCCCCACAAGUGCCCGCUCUGCUCCAAGACCUUCGUGGCGGCCUCGGGGCUGCAGCUGCACCAGCGCACGCACACAGGCGAGCGCCCCUUCCCCUGCCCGGAGUGCGGCAAGGCCUUCCGGCAGGCCACCCACCUGCGGGAGCACCGGCGGCUGCACACCGGCGAGCGCCCCUACCAGUGCCCGGAGUGCGGCAAGGCCUUCAUCCAGUCCAUGCACCUGGCCGAGCACCGGCGCAUCCACACCGGGGAGCGCCCGCACCGCUGCCCGCACUGCGCCAAGGCCUUCAAGACCCUCUCCAACCUGCGCAGCCACCGCAAGACCCAUGGGGCUGCCGCCGCCCCCCCAGCCCCGCCCGCUCCCCAGCCCACCCAGACCAUCAUGUGCACCGAGUUCGGGGAGACCAUCGCCAUCAUAGAGACGGCAGAGCCGCUGCCCCUGGUGGAGACCAUCGAAAUCUACCAGGCUGCCCUGGAGGGCAGCCUCCAGGUGGACAAUCUGCAGGUCAACGCCUUCGUAUAGGGGCGGAGCCCCCCUGUAAAUAAAAGUUCUG